CUCUCUUGGAUCCAACAGAGUCAACUCCCUUGAAACCUCAAAAAUGGCUGAAUUUCAAAAACGUGUUUUUCACAAUCUUCGCGUAUUUAUUUCUUCUGUAAUCAAAGACCAGAGAGUGGUGACUGACAGUCUUGACCAUUGCUUACUCUCUGCUCCUGGUAUACCAAAGGAACGUUUUGUACCAGCAUUGGACCAUUUAGUAAACCAGUUAACUAAAAUCAAAAGUGAAUUAGAAACCAUAAAGUACGACACUCCGACUGUGAUGGAAGAGAUUCCGUCUUCUGACAAUGGUGAUGCAUAUACAGAGAUACCCCAGGCAGCUUCACAGACAAGCCAAGAAGCCAUAAUGCCUCCACAGUCUGCCUCCGGAGGUCAAGAGAUUGAGUUGGAGGUUGAUUCUUCCAUGAGAAAAUCCUGCAUUGAUAAAAAUUUAAUCCAAAUCACAGCAAAUAAAGCUGAGAUAGACAGGCGGAUUGCUGCUUUCAUUGAACAGAAAAGGUUGGACGUUGAUGAAGAGAACAAACGGGAAUUUUGCUCAGAAUUCUUUCCAUAUCACAUGGAGAAAGAACACUGUGCUAGAACAGGGGCUGUGUUUGUGCCCCGGUUUGGAACCAGGAGUCAUGUUACUGUGUCUCGUAUAGAAAACAUCAAUGGCCCACAGCUGCACAUUCCCAGCAGUGUCCCUUCCUUUUCGUUGUUCUCCAAAAUUAAACAGGAAACAGAGAACCCAGUUGCAGUGAAACAGGAACCAAGUAACAUGUUUUCAGGAAUUGAAGAACGAGUCUCUAACAUGGCAUCUCACCUCCACAUAGAAUAUGACUCCAAGAAAUCUCAAGUCUUUGAAACGUUAAAACAACUGGAAAAAAGGAUUCUGUUUCUUGAAAGUCUCUCACCUGAGUAUUUUGAAUUUCACAAUCAGCUGGCCCCCGAAAGGAAAAGGAAACAAUUUGGUAGCAGCAGUGGUGCCUGUAGAAGUGAAAACCACCCCAAUCAGGAUUUGAGUAUGUGGGAGAUAAACCAUCGAAUGAAAGCACUGCGAGAGUCAUUGAAGCAGAAACAGAUGAAAGCUUUGUAGAACGUCGUCUGUCGCAGCAUCCUGGCCUCUACAUCAUCAUUGCCUUCACUCACCCACAGCAUUGGAUGCCUCUGCCUUCAACAUUACUUUCAUUAAUUAUCUUUACUUUGAUGAGCCCAAGGCUACAGUAGAAGACACUUGAGCAAGGUGCCAUGCUGUGGGUCUGAACCCAGAGCCAUGUGGUUGGGAAGCAAGCUUAUCAUUACUUACAGCAUUAUCUCUAUAUUUCAUGGGUGCAUCACAUCAUCAUCAUCACCAUUAUCAUUACCACUCUCAUCAUCAUAAUCAUCCCCACCACCAUCAAUCACCAUCAUCAUCAUUAACCUAACAUACACAUCUUGUUUCAAUUUCCAUGCAAAAAUAUCAUAUUUUAAAAAUUUAUUUUGAAUUUGUAUAUAAAGGAGAAUCAGUCCCCAAAUUAUUUCGGAUCAGUUCUGACUUAUUAUGACGUCACUGACGCCUCAACUUGCAUGGAAUUUUCAUCCCAAAUUAUUUCAGCUUUUUUUUUAGAACAAAAAAAAAAUAAUGAAAUGACUGAAAUUACCAAGAAAUCUUUUUACGAUGCAUGUUUUGAAACAAAGGCCAACAUCACAUUCAGGACAAAGGUAUCUGCUUUCUCUCCCAAAUCGACCCCAAGACUUAUUCUUUGUAAGCCUAGUACUUAUUCUAUCAGUCUCUUUUGCCAAACCUCUAAGUUAUGGGCAUUAGUUGUCAAGCGAUGUUGGGAUGACAAACACACACACACACAUAUACAACAGGCUUCUUUCAGUUUCUGUCUACCAAAUCCACUCACAAGGCUUUGGUUGGCCCAAGGCUAUAGUAGAAGACAUUUGCCCAAGGUGCCACGCAGUGGGACUGAACCCGGAACCAUGUGGCUGGUAAACAAGCUACUUACCACUCAGCUACGCUUGCACCUAUAUACACACAUACACAUCAGAAGUAUUGAUGCAUGUGCAUACAUGCGCAUACACUCACACACAAUCAUAUACAUGCAAACAUUCACACACAUAGUUACACAUGCACCCUCUGUCUCUCACACACAUACAUAUCCAUACCCAUACACAGAAGCACACACUCAUAUACAUACAUUCACACACAAUGUGCAUACACAUUCUCUCUCUCUCUCCCUCUCCCUCAAACACAUUCUCUCUCUCUGUUUUUUUCUCUCUCCCUCUCUCAAAUACACAUUCUCUCUUUCUCAAACACUCAAUGUGCACAUACAUUCUCUCUCUCUCUCUCUCUUCCACAUGCACCCACUCGUUCACAUUCACCAAACAGAACCAGCAGAAAACAAAACCAUUCUCUUGGAUUAAUGGAGAGGAUUUUUCCCCCUCUUCUUUGGAGAGAAAAUCUUGCAGAAAAUAAUAAACAAAAAAUAAAGAAAAGAAAAAAAUACACAACCAAAAUUAUAAAACAAAAAGGAAAACAAAACAAUAAAACUCUAAACGAAAUUGGCAAAAAAAAUAUUGUUUUUCAUUUGAAGGAAAGGAAAUAAUGUCUCAGGCUGUGUGAAAUACUCUCAUUGUUGCUGCUGUUGUUUUAUUGUUGUUGCUCUUGAUGCUGCUGCUGUUGCUAUUGUUGUUGUUGUUGAUGCUGCUGCUGCUGUUGUUGUUGUUGAUGCUGCUGCUGUUGUUGUUGUUAUUCUUCUUCUUCUCCUCCCUUCUUUUUCUUGUUGGUGUUAUUUUUCCAGUUGUUAGUGAUGUUUUUUUUAUUGCUGUUGCUACUGUUGUUGUUGUUGUUGUGUUCUCGCUGCUGCUGCUGUUGGCACCAUCUUCUCACUGCUGUGCUUAUUGCUACCAUAGUUGUUGUUGUUGUGUUUUUUUCAGAUGUCUCUGCCGUAGUUCUUGCCAGUGUUGCUGCUGCUGCUGUGAUGACUGCUGAUGCUUUCACUGUUCUUUGAAACCAGAUCACAACGGAAAGAGGGGGGGGGGUCAUGCUUGCAGUGUGGCCUCUGAUGUUUUGACACUGAGCUACUCUGCUGCAGGAUCGAAGAUGUGGUCGUUUUUAGUUCACUAGGUGAACAUGGAAGCGUGUGGCCUUAUUUCACAUUGGUUGGUGAACGCAGAGGUGAGAGGCCUAGUUCACUGUAGCCGGUGAGCAAUUUGUGAGUGGCUUUAAUUUUCGACUUUGAUUGGUGAACAUAGAAGUGAGAGGCCUUAUUCCAAAUAGGCUGGUGAACAUGGAGAUGUGUGGCCUUAUUUCACAUUGGUUGGUCAACAUGGAAGUGUGUGGCCUGUUUUACUGUAAUUAAUGAACAUGUUAGUGUGUGGAUUUAUUACAUUUUGGUUGGUGAACAUAGAAGUGUGUGGCCUCAUUCCACUUUGAUUGGUGAACAUGGAGGUGAGAGGCCUAUUUCAUGUAGCUAGUGAACAUAUUUGUGAGUGGCUUUAUUUCACUUUGGUUGGUGAAGAUAUAAACAUUGGAUCGUAUGUUAACAUUAACUUAGCUAUCUCUCUGUUUCAAUACAUAAUUAGGAUCUUUUCUGUUUCGCUGCCACUUUUCAAUUUCUUCUAUUUUGGCUCCACUUGAUUUCAUAUUUGGUGUAGUUUUGUAUGGUAAUCAUUGGCAUGAAAUUCAUUUUCAUCAGAAAUCAAUAAAUAAAGAGCUAAUAGCUUUUAAAGUCUGCAAAUUUGGGGUGAUUUUAGCCACUCAAAAGCCACACACAUGUAGGUGCUUCUUUCUAAAAUAUGUCAAACUCUUACCAAAGCUGUUUACUUUUGUGGUCCUUUUUCCAUUUAUUAAAUGCUUAAAACACGUGAGGUACAAGGUGGUCAUGAGAUGUGCUAAAAAUAAGUUCUAAAUAGGCCUUAAACCAUGCAACAAAUUUUUUUGUUUUGUUUUUGUAUACUUGUAUGAAUUCUCAUGUGUAGAAUACAAAUUGGUAAACGUUUUCUGAAAAUUCCAAAAAAUAAAAAAAGUUAUGAGGAGUUAUGGCGUGUGUAAAGCAGAAUUCCACCAUGUGUGUUAUGUGUGUGUCUUUGUGUCUGUGUUUAUACCCCCACCCCAUCAUCACUUGACAACUGGUGAUGGUGUGUUUACGUCCCUGUAACUUAGUGGUUUGGCAAAAGAGACCAACAGAAUAAGUACUAGGCUUAAAAAUAAGUCCUUGGGUCAAUUUGUUCAACUAAAACAGUUUGAGGUAGUGCUCCGGCAUGGCCGCAGUCAAAUGAUUGAAACAAGUGAGAGAAUAAAAGAAUAAAAUUUUGUAGCUCUGGCCACGAGUCUAUAUUUGUUGUGAAUAAAUGAAUUUUCAUCUUG